AUGAAUGGCCAGGUGAUUGCGGACGGGACCGAGGCUUUGCAGGUAUCGUUUGCAGAUCGCCAGAUGAUGGAAGGAAAGGGAAAGGACGGCAAGGGCAAGGGCAAAGGAAAAGAAGCAAAGGGAGCAGGCAAAACCGGCAAGGGCAAAGGAAAGGGCAAAGCCGCACCCGGCCAGCCAACGUAUCCGUACUACCCCUACACUCCCGAGCAGAUUCAGGUCGAGACGGGCACGUCGCGAACGAAGACCCUAGAACAAGAGCUUGCCGAGUCUGGGCUAUGGGACACAGAAUGGUCUGUGGGCGAUAUUAUCGGCCUUGAUGAUACCACAGAAGGUGCGAACGAGGGCGGCAACAAGCCCGCGAAGCUGGUGGAAUUCCCCGAACCGGAGGGCAGCGAGACGUUGAAAGAACAUCUGGGCCAGUACAAGAAAGCAGCACUCAACAAGGAAUGUGUUUUGAAGUCUACGAAAGAGCGCUUGGUGAAAGACAACGCCACCGGGCACCAGUGCCUCGACUGGUAUGUUUAUGCGAGGA